GUUUUGAACAGCAGCAGGAACCUGCAGCCCCUCCUGAGACCGAGCUGCUUCACCUCCGCUUCCUCUGAGGAAACUCUGAGCUUCAUGUCUCCAUAACUCCUGCUCCGUGAGUUUCACCUCGUCACAACGUGCUCCUGUGUAAACAACCGAGCUCUUCAUCUACAGGAGAACACCAUGGACCUCCACAAGAUCAUCCACAGCGCCAUGCAAGAAUUCAUUCAGACUUACAUCCCCGACGCAGAUCUCAGCACACUGGACGAUGUUCUCUUGUCAUACAUCACUGCAGUCCUGGAGGAUCUUGGUUCCCAGCAGAGCGUGGAGGAGAACUUUGAUGUGGAGGUCUUUGUAGAGAUGUUAGAAGCUUACAUACCUGGUUUUGCUGAUAUUGACUGUGUAAAAGUCUGUGAAAUGAUGUUCAACCUGGCUUCAAAACUAGCCUCUGCUCGGACCUCAGCUGUUGAAGACAAUGGUGCCCCUAAAUCCAGGACAGAUGAUAUUUCAUUGAAAAUCACUACCCUGCCCAAUGAACCUCCACCAGAGAGAGAAGCGCAGUGCAGAGAAACACCAACAGAGGGCGCCACCGCCAAGGUACCAGUGUCUAAAUGGGAGGCCCAGGAGCAACACCUGCUGGAGAUGUUUCCCAAGUGUAGUCUGUCUGAGGCUCGUAGUGCCCUGUCCAUUGCCAAAGGAGACAUGGAGGAAGCUGUGCGUCUCAUCAUAGAUGGCGAUGUCCAACUCAGCCCCACUCCUCUUAAUGUAAAUCAUGGGAAAAGUAUUUCUUCACUGGCGGACCAUAAACUUAAAGAGAGCAUCCUUGAGAAGUACAUGCAUGUGGACAGAGAGGAUGACAAAAUAACUCACCGACCUCUCCCCCCCAAAGAUGCUCCAAAGAAGCUAGUGCGGUACCACGGCAACCAGGUGGUCACCACCAAAGGUGAGCGGUAUCAGCUUGUGAAGACAAACGAGACAGAGGACAUGAAGAAGACAUACGUCAACCUCAAGCCUGCACGGAAAUACCGAUUCCAUUAAUGAUGAGCACAGCAGCGUAAGAGCAGCUACUGACAGUAUUGUUUACACUGUUGUUGAUUUAAGUCCAUUUAGCCUGUAUUUGUUGGAUUGUCCUUCCAAGUUACGGAACAUGUUUGUUAGUUGGUGUCAGUGGCUUAUUUUAAAAAACGUUACCAUUAUAUGCCUUGGUUAAAUCAUGAUGUAAGUGUUUCAGUUCUAUCACCGUUUAUUUUGUUGAGAAACAUUUGAAAUCGUGUGUGAUAUUUUGGUGGGGAUGUUGUAACUUAUAUUCUCGUUUCUGUAACAACCUAAUCUAUCUACAUUUUGCCAUCUCAGCAGGUCUGAUGUUGCACUGACAUUCUUUUCUAUUGUUCUAUUGAUAUUGUAUUUUAACUUAGUACAAUCUAGAUUCAUAACUCAGAUAAAUCUGUUUUCCUUUUUGUAAAUACGCUCUAGUGAUACUGUAAAAUUUACGAGUUAGUUAGUUACGAGUCACAGCGGUUUGUUUAUGUACAUAUUAAAUCAUUGAUGCCAACUUUAUUUAAAAUUCUAUUUUUACAUCAUAGAGGAAUAGUGCUGUGAAAAUGUUUAGUCGGGCUUGUGGACAAUUUGUUGUGCUACUAAAUUAUUUUCAGAUAAAAACGUAACAGACAUUUGUUCAGCCGGUUGCCGCAGGUUGUCAUCACCUAAUAUGUGGACUCCAUUGGUUGAAUAACACCAUUCAGUUUAAAGUACUUUACUCAUGAUACAACUUUUAUUGUUUACUUACAAAGGCAUGACUGUACAGUACUGAAUAAUUGGCAUGAUGCAGAGUAACUGAAUUAUCUGGAUAUCUUUGCUGAACAAAUCAUUUUUCUCUCAUGGCCCAGUCACACACACCAAUGUAUGAGUGGUGAACCUUCGCCUCCCAGUUCACUUCCAAUCAGCGCGAGCAGGAGGGCCAAUAAAACAUUUGCUUCCUGUUCGCUUCGCACUCGCAUGCGUGUGACCGUGCCCUCAGUCCAUGUUCCAGAUUUGAGCCACUUUAUCCAGUUAACUUUAAUGAAGGAGGUUCUCUGUUUCUGAGGCAGUGGAGAAGUCUACAAGAGGGAGACCAAAGAUCUGAGUUAUUUAUCACCUACUAUCAAACCACUCAGAGAAAACAAAGGAAGAUAUGUGAUAUGCAAAAGUUUAAUACUAUAAAAGUUAGUUUUAUUAUUUAUCAUUUCUGAAAUAGGAAAUAAAUGGGAAAAAACAUGCAAUUUUAAAGAUUUUAACAUGGUGACCUUGCCUCAAAUCAUCCAAAAGUGACCAGACUUGAGCUAAGGUUUUGCUUAUUUUCACACACAUUAAAUACAAUUUUGUUACGCUAUCAAGAAACUCAGUAAAUUAAUCUUUGCACAACAAAUUAGACAAUCGCAGCACUAUAAAUUCUGGCAUAAUUAAGUGGAGGACUGGGGUCAACGAAACCUGCGGCUGGAGGAGUUCGAUUUUAAAAUUCACUCCAACAGCAUUGUCUUUAUUUUUGAUAUCGACCUUUAGAUUCUUAAAAUCUCAUGUGCGUUUACCGUGAGGAAGCACUGUUGUGUGAUUUCAGGGUCACAUGAUGUUACUGAAGUGAUCCCCUGCCGUCUUUCAUCUCAUGUGUGUUCUGUGAACUUUGCUUCGCUUGUGAGUGUUGGUUGUGGAUUUCUUUUUUUUAUUAUUAUGACUGGGAUCUUAUUUCUUGGUUAUUAUAUAUAUUAGAAUAAUUAGGUUGUUCAGGUUGUUUAUUCCCCUCUGCAUCUAUUCAGAGGAACUAUAAGCUUUUUUUUAUUGGUGGUAUAAUAUUGUUUUCCUAAGUGUUGGUGUAACACAAUCAAGUGUUUAAAAAGAUGUGUUGUUACUGAUACUUGUCAUUAUCAGCAGCAAUGUGGUCUUUACCUAUGAUAUGAUGAUGUUACUAUAGAUCAUGGAACAGGUUUACUGGAGCUGAUCGGUCCCAACUGUGUUUUAACUCCUUGCUUUCAGAAACCGCUGACGCACAAUUUAUAGUAAAUAAAUACUAACUUUUGUAGACUACCA